GGGGCCUCUGCGCACCCACAUCCUGAGCACUCAUCCCAAGAAGACACAGCAGAGGAAUGAAGCGUCUACUGCUGCUGACUGUGGGGCUGGGCCUGGCCUGGACCCUGCAGGACCAAAGUGAGGUUCCCGUGCAGCCGGGCUUCAGCCCUGAGCAGGUGACGGGACAAUGGAGCACCGUCAAUCUGGCUUCCACUGACUGGUCUGUCAUUGAGGAAGGAGGUGCUUACCGGUGCUUCAUGACUGGCAUUGCCCUCCUGGACAAUGGCAACCUGAAUGUCACCUACUUCCACAGACAAGGUGGAAAGUGCGUGAAGGAAUUCUAUGUGGCAGAGAAGACUGGAAUCCCCGGACGCUACACCUUUGAGUACCAAGGCAAAAACUAUCUGACAUUUGUGGCUGUCACGGAGGAAUUCACCAUCAUGGACUUGGAAAACCACAGCGAAGGAAAUACGCUCAUCGUGGUUGAGCUCCAUGGCAGGACUCUGUACGCAGGUAAGCGUGGGCUGGAGCCCUAUAAGAGGCACACAUCCAGAAGAGGCAUUGCACCAGACAGCAUUGUGGACGUGUCCCUGAAUCAUUGUAACGGUUCCUGAGAUCAGCCACAGGGCAUCUGCUUUCCCCAGGUCCAGGCCUUUGGAACCCAAGAGUCAGCAUUGUCCGUGGCAUCCAUCUCUUGGUGGUUUUGAUCAUCAACUCCUAACCAUCUGCCAACUCCCACCCACCCUUCCUCAUGCAACGAAUAAACUCAGCAUCUGCUCAUG